AUGGACGACCCGGGUGCGCUGGCGGCCAUGGGCCUGAAGCUGCGCGCGAAGAAGGUCGUCGAGAAGCUGAAGCGGAGCGCGGCGACCUACGGCGACGACUUCGGCGCGUACCCGCGGCCGCCGUGGGCGGACCGCGACGACCCCGUGCUGUCGCUCGACGGCACCGACGGCAACGGCCACGGCGCGCACGAGGCCUACCGCAACGACCACGUCGAGUUCGUGGACCCCAUGUCGCCGGGCGCGUCGCGGCGACAGAUCCGGGGCACGCCCGAGUCGGAGCAGCGCGCCGCGUUCCAGAAGGCCGCCGCCGCGGCGUCGCGGCCCCUCGAGGCCGCGAUCGACGACGACGACGUCGACGCGAAGAUGUUCCACCUCGACCGGUUGCUGGGCGCGGUCCUCUCCGUGGCCAAGGUCGAGAUGGGCGUCGACCGCUGCUGCUUCUACAAAUACUCCGGCAGCGACCUCAUCUACGCGUGGGACGCGGCGUCGCGGCGCGACGUCGUCGGCGACGCGGCCAUCGACGACGGGGACCGCGCGUCGGCCUGGUCCGAGUCCAUCGUGCGCGAGGCGGCUUCCGACUGGGAGACGAUCCGCGUCGACGACAUCUACGACUCCGACGAGUGCCCGCCGCCCUUGGCGGACGAUUUGGCGACGGGCUACCGCACGAAGACGAUCCUCGCCGUCCCCGUCGCCGUGGACCGCGUGGCGUCGACGGGGUUGGCCUGCGACGACGAGCCCUGGACGAAGCUGGGGGUGCUGCUCUUCACGAACAAGUUCUUCAACCACAGCAAGGAGGACGGCGAGGGCGAGGUGCUCCACGUCGCGGGCCGCGCGAGCGACCAGGGCGAGCGGCGCACGACGCGCAUCGUCGAGGUCGGCGCCUUCAACGACUUCGACUGCGCGCGGGCCCGGGGCCUGGUGGACGCAAUCGCGAAGUAGACGGUACGCGCCAUCGCGGCGAAGCUUAAAACGCUUCAGCGCAGCGCCGAAGCUCGUCUCAUCGAUCUGAUCGCAGCGUCGAAGCCCCCCACCCCUUUCUGCCGCGUGCUCUUGAUCAAAUCGAAUCAGGAGCAGGACGAAGAGUACGAGGGCUACGACAUGCGCGUAAGCGCUGAAUUCACCGCCGGCCCUCAAGCGGCUAGGUUUUCAAUCUCGUUUUACUGCAAGGAUGUCGGACGCGUUGCUUUUCGACUUCAAGGCCAUUUAACAAUCGCGGUCGAGAGCGAUCUCUUCACGUAUAAACAAGACGAACACGGAGAUGAAAGUAUUUCUGACUUCGAUGAUGAUGCCAUCGAGUCGUUUCUUCGGGACGCCGGGCUCUCCGAAGCUUUGCCUCAGCGGUGCCCUGGCACGUCGUGGAACGACGCCGACAACUUGUCCGACGAGGAACGGAGGCGCUGGGUGUACGGCGACGUCAUCUACGAUGCCGUCGGGCUCGUCCAGGAAAAACACGGGUUUCGAGAAAUCUACCCCCCCUGUCACGGGUUCAGAGGCUGCGGAAUGAGCUUACUCGGGAUGGACAAGCAGGACAUCUACUGGUGGCUGGGCCUCGAGUACUGAGGGCCGCGUAGAAAUGCCA